AUGGACUCAUCUGAUCUGACUUAUAUUGGAACCGAUGUUACCGAAGGCAAUAGUGGUAGCGAUCUCUUGACUUAUAUCUUUCCAGAUUUCAAUGCGGUUAAAUACUUUCAGCGGGACUUCAUACUUCAUGAUGAGUUUCAUGUUUUAGAAGAGUCAACAGCAACAGGCUUUGACAUAUAUUUAGUAGAGCAAUGGGCUAAUACUCGUAAUAUUGGGACCGUGGUUUCUAACUUUACGGGCAACAUGGGGACGAAGAUUUCUGUUGUGAAGCUAACAAUUAUAAAAAAGCCUGUAAAGCAUUAUCCACCGAGGUUUCAAGAUUACUUGAAUGAGCUCUUUUCAAACCAUGCCAAGGUGAAGAAAAUGGAGCGAGAGCUGUCGGAUCUGCCUCAUAACGGCUCAUUAGGUGAAAACUCGAAUCAGGUUUUGUUUGUGACUAAUAUAACAGCUCUUCCUUCUAACUUGAAUUUGAUUCCGAUUCCAAAUGGAGACUACAGAGAUGUUGAAAUGCCCUUUGUAAUAAAUUUUAAUUUGAAGAAACUCCAAUGCACUGGAAGGUCGUUGUCUUUAAUAUCGGAAAGAAUAGCUGAUGUUAAUGAAGAUAAAUUUAGGCACCAGUAUCGAAUAUUUAAUCCGAAAAUUCCUCUAGUCUUUGCGGUCCGGGAAUUAAUUAGCAUUAUUCAGACAUGCCUCUUCUAUUUCGACUUAUUAGAUGCAAAAUAUUGCGAUGGUUUACUUUGCUUCAAGACAGAGGAGGCUAUAAUGAAUUGGUGGAAUUUGAUUGGUUUGCCUCACUUUAAUUUUAAACCGAAUUUCAAAUAUGGAAUGCUACAGCCUAAGACUGUCACGGCUAUUUUGAGUUUGAUAUUAAGCUCAAAACUAAGACUUCAAAUUAUAGGUGGAUGUGAGGUACCGAAGGAUCCUUUUGAUUACGAAAGUUUCAUGUUAUCAGUUGGACAGUUUCAGAAACAGUAUAAACUAGAGAAGACAAGGAAAUUGGAUCUUGAGACACUUAAUAAGUUAUUCUUGAUAACAAAUGCUAAAUUAUCACCGGAAGGGAAGAAUGCGAAUGGUGAACAAUUAUACAAAGGUCAGGAAUAUGACGAUCCUCAGGCAGUCGAUUCUUUGUAUUCAAGAGCUACGGGCUCUUCAUAUACUAAUUUGGCUAAUCUGGGAUCACCUUACAAACGCAACAAGAAUUAUUAUAGUAAAGAAUUGAAGAAGUUGACGAAUGUAGUUAAGAAUACCGUGCAAGACCAUAUAAAUGCUGCUAACCUUGAAGCAGAGGAAGGAUCAAGUAAUCCUAAGUCUGGUUCCGCAAGGCUACGGAAUACUAUUGCUAAGUUAGCAGACAACUUGAGCCCCCUUGAUGUUGAAACAUUAGACUUAGAUGUUCUCGUUCGUAACUAUCUCACAGGUAAGACUUUAAUCACUUUGUGGUAUGGCACUCAUAGCACCUUCAGUGGUGCAUUUAAAGAUGCUUCUAAAAAGCAUCAGCAUCGGCAUCAUCAUCAUCAUCACCAUACCUACAGCCAUGGUCAAUACUCCUCAAACCAGUAUCAAUUUGAAAGCUUAAGAGACAAAGUCAGCAAUAAUAAAGAUCUUUCUAGCUCACUUCUGCCCGUCUCAGACCUCUCGAGGUAUUCGAGAGGAAUAAAUAAAAUGAAGCUUCAAAGUAAAAAGUUACUUCUCUCCAAUUCUAGUAAGAAGAAUGACCAAACAGAUUCUCCUACGGUCAGUUCUGAAGCAAGACUGAACAAGAGAUAUACAGACAGACUCGAAGCUGCACCUUCUAUAGAUGCAGCCCUGCCUAUACAUGCUAAGAAACUGUUUGGUGAUGAAAAAAAAGGGGGCCAAGAUUGGAAUACACUUUAUGACCAGCUAACUAACGAUGACCCUUUAACAAGAUUCAACAAAACUAUCAAUAGAAGAAACUCGUUCCCUGUUAUGUUCGGUGAGCAAGAGAAUAAUUUGAACUUAAUAGAAUACGCACACAGCUCUCAAUCAAUAACCUUUGACGAACUAGGAUAUCCUUUUAACCUUAAGCUCGAGAGAAGCUCGAGCUUUUCAGCCAUAGAAGAUGACAUCAAUAGAUUCGAGGGUUUAUCAUCAAUUGAUAGAUUGUCUCAAAAAUAUUUACAUGUAAUAAAUUUAUUGGUGACUGCAAAUAAUUUUAGAACAUAUCUCGAUGAUACCCGAGAUGAACUGUUACUCACUAAUAGAAAAAUGGAGAAAAUCUAUAAUCAGUUGAAUUUGGACCUCUUAAGACUGAAUAACUUUCAUAAUCAAGUUAUGGGAAAGAAAGUUAAUGUCAUGGAUGAAAAUUUAUCUAAAGACUUGCAAUUCAAUAUAGAUGACUUAACAAAGACUAUCGAUAGAUUAGCAUAUGAGACCAGGAUCGUUGUCAAGCGAGUAAACGAAUUGGAACAGAACAGUACAGUCUUCAACAUUAAGUUGAAUGACCAGUGUUUGACGAAGCUGGAGCAAAUAAUAAAUAACUUAAUACGGCUGACUAAGUUCCAUCAGGUUUUUGCGGAUGAAGAUGAAAAAAAGGAGAUAAUUUUCAAAUUAACUGAGAAAGAUCCAAAUGAGAUAUUAAGCGAUUUGACCAUACAAGAAUCAAGCAGAAACAUAUUCCAGGUUAUUGUCAUAUUUCUCUACAACUUAAUCGAGUAUAUCUUUCGAUUUUUCAAGUUUGAUAAAAGCAAAAUGAACUUAAAUAGAAUAAGAAAUACUUGGAUAAAGCUCGAUCCGAACAGAACCAUCAUCAAUCGAGCCUACUCCAUGGUUGGUAGAGAACCUUCUAGAGGUAGCGUUGCCAGAGCCAAAGAUGAGCCAUUAUCAGAAUGA